AUAUCUGGUCUGAUCGUAUUCUACACUAGAUCAUUACGCCUGCGCUGUACAUAUUUGGCUCGUUUGCUUCCCCGAUGCUGCCUUGCCACUUGUUCUGCAAAAAGGUGCGCAACUCCAGAUGCCACGCCGACUGCUUCAGCGCGAACGCCCGUGCCCCUGCCUCCACUUCACGUGAUGAGCUCACCUGCCCCGACGACUUCGUCUUCCACCAAUCGGCCUGCCAUUCCAGAUAAGCACACACUCGACGCAUCUCCUCCUUCAGCAGCAGGACCUCCUCGGUCCACCUAUCGCGACGUGCCAGCGCCCGACUCCAUUCCACCCGUAUUGCUGUGAUGAUAUCCUUCUCCUCGUUGUCCAAAGCUCCGGGCGCG